AUGUCCGGUGUCGAGGCCACCCUCGGUGUCGUAAGCGCCGGAGCAGGGCUCAUUUCGUUGGGUAUACAGCUUGGAGAGUCAGCCAUGAAGCUGAAGCGUAUCUACCAUGCUGCAAGAGACGCUCCAGCCAUUAUACAAAUGUUAUUGCUUGACCUUGAAACGAUGGCACUGGCUUUGGGGCAACUUGAGAAUCAUCGACAGCAUGACAAUCAUGGUGAAGAGUUGCUGGUCCGCUGCAUUUCACGGUGCCAACAAUGUACCCAAGAAGUGCGACUGGUGGUUGAGAAACUUGAGCGAUCCCUGGAGAAGCAUUUCCGACUACCUGGAAGGUUGUACAGUGCAUUCAAAGAGCGAGAUGUGAAAGAUCUCCUCGACGACCUCGAAAGGGCCAAAACCUCAAUGCACAUUGCCUACACCAUGUAUAUACACGCAGAACAGCAGAGGCGAGAUCGCGAGCACCAAGCUCUCCUGGUCGGUCUUCGAGAACAGGUUCUUGAAGGAAGUGCAACCAUUUCACAACAACUGUCGGUUCUCGUUGGACCUUCGAUACAAUUGAUGCAGAUCGAGACGUCUCUCAUCAACAAGACCACCAUUAACUCCCGGGACUUAUCACACUCUCGUGAUCAGGAUGAUGGACGACAAGUGUCCAUCGCGAGAAUGACUAGACGAAAGAAAGACAAACCCUACUUUCGGACAUGUUUCCGAUUUCCCUCUUGGCUCUCAAGCCGUAUCUGGAAUGUAGCUUUGCUUAGUGCCCAAGGCCGCUGGAAUUUUGAGAUCAAGACUUGGAGAAUCGUUCCAAAAGACUCCCUGGUAUUCCGGUACUGUCAAAGUGGCAACCUUGCCGGGUUACAGCGUCUUAUUGGGAGUGAACAAGCGUCGGCUCUAGAUAUCACUGGUGGGUCGAUCGACGGAUAUGCUCGGCCAUGGAGCUUGCUCGAGGUCAGUCAAGACCCAAUUUUCGUAACUCUGCUAACUCGACAGAUGGCGGCGAAUGCAGGACACAUAGAGAUUUGCCGUUUUCUCUUAUCCUUGACGGUUUUUCCAAGCCACGACACAGUCCUUAGCAAUGCUCUAGAUCUCUGCGCCUUGCAGUCAUUCCGCGCAUCUCCCGAGGAGAUGUACAAACUUUUCAUGGAAGAUCCGGAAUUUUGUCCUGAUGUCGCUGACAUGGCUAUGGGUGUACAACCUCCUUGGCUGACAUUUUGCCCUAGCCUGCGUUGUCUCGACCUUGUUCUGAGCCACCUAGGACCCGAAUUCCUUGGCCUCUCGGCAGACACCAAGCUUGACAUGGCGCUCGAGUUGGAAUUUCUUGAACCUGCCGGCUUUCUCGAGUUUAUCGGGUUACAGCAAUAUGACAACAGCCUGGUCUGCCUCAGAAGUAUCGAUGGGGAAUCGAUUUUGCAUCUGGUCGCGUCUUACCUCAACGGGGCCAAACACAGGCAUUGUGCAUGGUUCCACUUCGGCGUAGAUCUCCUACGCCAUGGUGCAGACCCGCAUGCAGUUUCCAAUAGGUGGAUACUUCUGGAUGGCUUUGCGCGCACCCCUCUCAUUCACCUGCUAAGAUAUGAUUUGUAUUCGAACUUCACGCCAGCAGGACUGGUGAGUGUGAUUCGCGAUUGGGCUGAUAUGAUCCGUCAAGCCGGACUAAAUCUUUCGGACUACGGUAGGAAUGAAUCUAAAGUCUGGGAAUCUCUUGGUGUAGGAACUCAUUUACGGUACCUUGAUGGAGUGAUGAGUGGCAGCAGAGGAAUCUAUAUCAAGCGACUAAUCUUUGGUCCUAAUCCACAAGACUGGAGUGUGGAAUUUGCUCGUUGCGUAGUAUUCUCAUUGAGAAAACUAUGUCCUCUACCUGGAGCAUAUCCAGGCCAAGCUCUUGUUCCUGAUAGUAUCCUAUGGGAACCAAACGAAGAAGAGCAACAUCAAGGUCCGUGGGAUAUUAUAUCAAGAAAGACGCUGCUUUCCUCAACUGUGGACAUGAGAGUGAUAGGCACGCGAUCUAGGCAGCUCUUUCCCAAUCUCAUCGACGGAACGCAAGAUGAUCAUGGGGCCGCCUCCAAAGCCGAGCUAUGCGUUCUCGGUCGAGAGCAAAGAGCCAACCUCCCCUAUUACGGAGAAGGGAAGUCGCAUAUAAUGCAUCACGAUGGUGUAUGGCGGGGUGGUUGGGAAAUAUCCACCUAUGUCCUCUCGAUUCGCGAUGGAAUUUUGGUCACCAAUCUCAUCGGUCGGACAUCCUGAGCGAUAAUUACUUCUGGAUGGUCGCUGAUCUACGGAAAUGUAUGCAGGGACUGUCUUGCGGUCACAGUACAGUACAACAACUUCCCUCCUGGAGACGAUGUAGUUUUCUUGCCGACACCCGUGACUGUCAAGACGAGUGGAAGCUGC